UGGGGCUGCAGGGCAGUGGGGCUGCGCUGUGAGGACGGGGCGAGUGUGAGCUUGGAAAAUUUCCAAGAAAUCUGAGGGCAGGUAGGGGCGACGAAGGAGCCACCCCAGGGUGCAGUUCCCAAUUUGGACAGCUCCACGAGACCCCACCCCACCGCACCCCCACUCCGGGCUGCCUCCCAGCCUCCUGCGGUUGUCAUGGCAACUCAUGCCCGGCUCUCCCAGGGGCGGUGCCAACCUUGCUCCCCCCACCAUCACUUCCUCCCCCCUCCCUCCACGUCCCUCCCUCCUUUGUGUCAGCUGCGCCCCUGACCGGGAUGGCUGCGAAGAGGGGGACCAAGACGAGCAUGAAGAACAUGGAGAAGGAACUGCUGUGUCCCGUGUGCCAAGAGAUGUACAAGCAGCCGCUGGUGCUGCCCUGUACCCACAACGUGUGCCAGGCCUGUGCCCGCGAGGUGCUGGGCCAGCAGGGCUAUGUAGGCCACGGUGGGGACCCCAGCUCCGAGCCCACUUCUCCUGCCUCCACCCCUUCCACCCGCAGCCCCCGCCUGUCCCGCAGAACUCUCCCUAAGCCAGAACGCUUGGACCGGCUGCUGAAGUCAGGCUUUGGGACGUACCCCGGGCGGAAGCGAGGUGCUUUGCACCCCCAGGUGAUCAUGUUCCCGUGCCCAGCCUGCCAGGGCGAUGUGGAGCUGGGGGAGCGGGGCCUGGCAGGCCUGUUCCGGAACCUGACCCUGGAGCGUGUGGUGGAGCGGUACCGGCAGAGUGUGAGUGUGGGUGGCUCCAUCCUGUGCCAGCUGUGCAAGCCCCCACCACUGGAGGCCACCAAGGGCUGCACCGAGUGCCGUGCCACCUUCUGCAACGAGUGCUUCAAGCUCUUCCACCCCUGGGGCACCCAGAAGGCCCAGCAUGAGCCCACCCUGCCCACCCUCUCCUUCCGCCCCAAGGGCCUCAUGUGCCCAGACCACAAGGAAGAGGUGACCCACUACUGCAAGACAUGCCAACGUCUGGUAUGCCAACUCUGCCGAGUGAGGCGCACCCACAGCGGGCACAAGAUCACACCGGUGCUCAGCGCCUACCAGGCCCUCAAGGACAAACUGACAAAGAGCCUGACAUACAUCCUAGGAAACCAGGACACAGUACAGACCCAGAUCUGUGAGCUGGAGGAGACCUUGAGGCACACUGAGGUGAGUGGUCAGCAGGCCAAGGAGGAGGUGUCGCAGCUGGUGCGGGGGCUGGGUGCGGUGCUGGAGGAGAAGAGGGCGUCGCUGCUUCAGGCCGUAGAGGAGUGCCAGCAGGAGCGGCUGGCCCGCCUCGGCGCCCAGCUCCAGGAGCACCGGAGCCUCCUAGACGGCUCAGGCCUGGUGGGCUACGCCCAGGAGGUCCUUAAGGAAACAGACCAGCCUUGCUUUGUGCAAGCAGCCAAGCAGUUACAUAACAGGAUCGCUCGAGCGACAGAGGCCCUCCAGAUGUUCCGGCCAGCUGCCAACUCCUCCUUCCGCCAUUGCCAGCUGGACGUGGGGCGAGAGAUGAAGCUGCUGACAGAGCUGAACUUCCUUCGAGUGCCCGAGGCUCCGGUCAUCGACACGCAGCGCACCUUCGCCUACGACCAGAUCUUCCUGUGCUGGCGGCUGCCCCCGCACUCACCGCCUGCCUGGCACUACACCAUUGAGUUCCGGCGCACGGACGUGCCUGCCCAGCCGGGCCCCACCCACUGGCAACGGCGGGAGGAGGUGAGGGGCACCAGUGCCCUGCUGGAGAACCCCGACACCGGCUCCGUAUACGUGCUGCGUGUCCGCGGCUGCAACAAGGCCGGCUAUGGCGAGUACAGUGAGGACGUGCACCUGCACACCCCCCCAGCGCCUGUCCUUCACUUCUUCCUCGACGGCCGCUGGGGCGCCAGCCGGGAGAGGCUGGCCAUCAGCAAGGACCAGCGGGCGGUGCGCAGUGUUCCGGGGCUGCCCCUGCUCCUGGCCUCUGAGCGUCAGGGCCGCAGCUACUGGGCCUGCGCCGUCGACCCAGCCUCCUACCUGGUCAAGGUGGGCGUCGGGCUGGAGAGCAAGCUUCAGGAGAGCUUCCAGGGUGCCGCCGACGUGAUCAGCCCCAGGUACGACCCGGACAGCGGACACGACAGCGGGGCCGAGGAUGCCACGGUGGAGGCGUCGCCACCCUUCGCUUUCCUCACCAUCGGCAUGGGCAAGAUCCUGCUGGGGGCCGGGGCCAGCGGCCGGGUUUCCUUCCUGGACGCGGUGUCCUUCCGGGGGCUCCUGGAGUGCCCCCUGGACUGCUCGGGGCCCGUGUGCCCCGCCUUCUGCUUCAUUGGGGGGGGUGCUGUGCAGCUGCAGGAGCCCGUGGGCACCAAGCCCGAGAGGAAGGUCACCAUUGGGGGCUUCGCCAAGCUGGACUGACGGCCGACGGCCUCCCGAGGCCCCGGCCCUCUAAGCUUCCUGGAGCCGGCGAUCCCUCCGGCAGCUUUUCCCUCACUCUUCCUACCAGGUGGUCCCUUCCUUCACCCCGUGUCUGUGUCUCCCCAGGGCCUUCUCUUGACCAAGGGACACUCCUCCGCUCACCUCUCUGGCUGACCGCCAUUGCUCCACUGCCUGUUCAUCCAGACCCCACCCCACCAAGUUCCUGCUCCAUCCUCUGCCCGUGGCAUCCAACCACGUCAUGGGAGAGCCCUGCCCCCACCCCUGCCUUUCUCCCCAGCACUCAGGCCAAUUGGCAGGGAGGCUCCCGGAACACCGGGCACGAUCCCCGCUCUGCCCUCUGCCCUGCCGAGCUGCCUGCCCACCGAUGCUGACCGAAGGCCUUAGCGUGGGCAGGCUCUUUGCCGACACUGCCUAGGCAUUCCCGGGGAGGGGCAGAGGACCCUCUCCUGUGUUUGUGUGGGUCCCCGUGCUCUGCAGCCGCAUGCCUCACCUCGUACGCCCCUCUCCCUCUUGCAUGCUUCCCUGUCCCGCACCCGCACCCACGCGAUGUGCCGCGGCUCCCUUUGGGGCCACACGCAGGUUGGAUGUCCCCAUUGGGUUGGGCCAGGCAAGACCUGGGGCCCACUGCUGCCCCCCUGUGGUAGGGACUGCGAGGCCUGUGCCAAGCAACAGCUGUCAUUUUCAUGGUUUAUACACAAUAAACUGUGAUGCCGGGCACAUCUCCGCCUUCCCUGAGCCCGACCA